UGUCCAAAACCAGGAAGUAAUUUCAAUAGGAGGAGGAUGCAAAAAUGUAAAAUUGCUUUUGCAGACAAUUUAUUUUAUAUUGGGAAACAUGAAUGAAGACGAUGUUUAUGUUGAUGAAGACGAAACCAUUUAUGCGAAUAAUGAGAUUGUAAAACUCGCAAACGUUAACGAAUUGCUGAAAACUCGAAGUCUCGAUGAACUUCUGAGACAGGACGCUUUGGAUGUGGAGAAGGCAGACGAGAAUGUCACUUGGUAUCACGGGAAAAUAUCAAGAGAGUCGGCCGAGUCCAUUCUUGAGGAAGCACUUGAGAAGCAGGGCAGCAUAAAUGGCCUGUUUCUGGUUCGUGACAGCACCGCAUCGGAGAGUGAUUUCUCUUUGUCUCUGGUGUCCGAUAACAAGAUCUACCAUUUCCAGAUACACCAGAAGUUUGACGGUAUUUUUCACAUCGACGACGGGCCAGCCAUCCAAGGUCUUGACAAGCUGGUAGUGUACUACAUCAAUGGUGCGUAUGGCCUGCCCACCCAGCUGUCGAGUUUCUGCAAGGGUUCAACGCCACCGAGUCACAGCCGCAAACUGGGAGUGACCAAUCUGCUGCAUCGAGCCGUCCUUGAAGGUGAUAGGAAUCUCGUACAUCGCCUGCUGCGUCACCCCAAGUGCCCCAAUGUCGAUGCAAAGAACUCAAAGGGCUCGGCAGCGUUGCACAUCGCCGCAUUCUAUGGUUUUGAUGACGUCAUUGACGUGCUGCUUGAUUACAGUGCUGACGUCAAACUGCUCGAUACCAACGGCCACACUGCACUUCACAGAGCUUGUGUAAACAAUCAUCCGGGGUCUGUCGCCAUUCUGAUGAGCAAGGGUCACAGUAAUGCCCAGGAACGGUGUCCUCACAAUGGCUGGGUGCCCAUGCAUGAAGCGGCCAUGAAAGGUUACAUCAACUGUAUAAAGAUGCUAGUGAAGUUCAAUGCUGCAUCUUUCCCUCGGAGUAAAAACAAUGAAACUCCUUGGGACCUUGCUGAAAAGUAUGGACGACGAGAUUGUGUUCAGUUUUUUGGAUCUUAUAAAUUAGCUGAUCUUCCACACAAGCCCAAGGAAUGGUUCCACCCUGAAGUCAAUAGACAGGGUGUGCAGGAGUUGUUUGAAGUGAAGGGAAUGCGCGAUGGACUGUUCCUCAUCCAACGAAGUCGUAAACAGCCCGGAUGGCACAUUCUCAGCCUUUGUUACAAUCGUAGAAUGUUCAACUACGAGAUUCGAAUCACGGACUACCGCAGUAUGGACUACCACGAUGGUGAAAUGAUCGAAGUGCCAAAACAUGAUGACUACUACAACACAGCUGACAUCAUGAAAACAUCAAAACAUGGAUCGCAAGGCAUACCGCGACCCAUGUUGCCACCUCGACCCACAGAUGACGAGUUUAUCAAGAAAACCUCGCUUAAGUCAGGAGACUCGACUGCCACCAGAUCACAGCAACCACCACCACCACCACCACCAGCACAGCCUCCACCUAACAAGCAGUUGCCCAAGCCAGAAAUACCAGAAAUCAAAACAAACCUCAAUAUUCUCAGAAUCAAGGAUAUUAAGAUAGGGAAAGAGCUUGGACAAGGCGAGUAUGGGUCGGUGUUGAAGGGAACGUACACUGUUUCUAGAAGCUGGAAGCGUCAAGAAAAAAUAGAUGUUGCGCUGAAGACGUUUCACCCCGGGUCUGUACAAAACCCUGAAGACUUCCUCAAGGAAGCAGAGGCCAUGCAAGGACUGGACCACCCGUGUAUCACCAAACUGAUCGGCGUUUGUCGCGAUGAAAAACUCAUGCUGGUGGAGGAGUAUAUAGCGCUGGGCUCGAUGCUAGACUAUCUGCUCGACUACGCGGAAGAAAUCUCGGAGAACGACCUCAACCUGUGGGCUGCUCAGAUCGCCAGCGGAAUGGUCUACCUCGAGGAGAAACGCCUGGUGCACCGCGACCUGGCUGCAAGGAACAUACUGCUCAAGUCGAAACAGCAGGUGAAAAUCAGUGACUUUGGUUUAUCACGAGCUGUUGGAGUUGGGAGUGAUUACUAUAAAGCAACCCAUGGAGGUCGAUGGCCCAUUAAGUGGUAUGCACCAGAAAGUGUCAACUAUGGACAGUUUUCCCAUGCUAGCGAUGUCUGGAGUUACGGAGUCACUCUGUGGGAAAUGUUUUCUCUCGGCAUGCCACCAUAUGGAGACAUGAAAGGAAUUGAAGUAAUCCAGUUCAUUGAAAGAGGGAAGCGUUUGUCAAAGCCUGAGAAGUGUCCUGACCAGGUGUAUGAGAAGAUGUUGGAAUGCUGGUCAAUGAAACCCGAAUGUCGACCAACAUUUAAUGACUUGAAUGUCCAUUUUAAAGAUCCAGUCUAUGCAUCGAUACACUCUCUGAUAUUUGUCAAGCGCUGAAUGAUAAUCAUUGU